AUGCCUUCUACUACACACUCAGAGUUUGGGACCAACACCGAGGCCAUCGACGUUGCAAAGGCCUUCUCUGAUGGCAUCCAUGGAGAAACUAUCCUCAUCACCGGCGUGAACCGUGGUGGUAUCGGCUUCUCAACCGCCCAAGCAUUUUCGACGCAAGACCCGGCUCUUAUUAUCAUCGCCAACCGCACCCUCGCUAAAGCAAACGACAGCAUCGACAACCUCAAAGCUGAAUUUCCAAACGUCAACUACCGCUUUCUAGAAGUAGACCUCUCCAGCCAGACGUCUGUUCGAAAAGCAGCUGAACAAGUCAUAUCAUGGUCUGAUGUGCCAACUAUCGAUUUAGUCAUCAACAGCGCUGGUGUUAUGGGUAUUAAUGAACGCACAAUCACCGAAGAUGGACUUGAAAUGCAUCUUGCCACAAACCAUAUCGGACAUUGGCUCCUCACAUGUCUCAUCAUGCCCAAGCUCAUCAAAGCAGCAGAGGAUAAACCAAAAGGAUCAGUCAGAAUCGUCAACAUCACCUCCGCUUCACCAAUGAGAUCUGCGAUGCGCUGGAGUGACAUGAAUUUCGACAAAAAGAACAAAGACCUUCCGCAAGAAGAACAACCUGUGUAUCAAUUUCUGAAGCUCUGGGGCUACACGGAUGUUGAAGAUGCAGCUUAUCUUCCCCUAGAUGGCUACAACCGCAGCAAAGUCGCCAAUGUACUUUUUGGUAUCGGUGCGACCAAGCGGCUCUUCAACAAGUACGGAAUCCUGUCACUUUCCGCUCACCCGGGUGUUAUUUGGGGCACCGAACUCGGAAGAAACUUCCCACAAGCGACUAUUGACGCUGCAAAGAAAAUGGGCGAAAAAGGUUUGUACACUCUGAAAUCAUUGGGAGCGGGAGCUUCUACGGGUCUUGUUGCAGCGUUGGAUCCAAAGCUGGCUGUGGAUGUGUGUGAAGGAGAGGGGAAUCAUGGAUCGUACCUCGUAGACUGUCAGAUCAGUGAUCAAGCGAACCCUCUCGCUGUUUCGAGCAGUGAGGCUGAGAGAUUGUGGGAGGUUUCUGAAAAGGCGACUGGGAGUGAGUUUGCGUGGUGA